AUGGUUCUUAAUAUAAUUACAGAAGAUUUUGAAAAUUUUUAUGAUAUUCAAGAUGAUCUUGGAAGCGGUCAAUUUGCUGUCGUCAAACGUGUACGUGAAUUAAAUACAGGACGUGAAUUCGCAGCUAAAUUUGUACGAAAGAAAAAAUGUGUUGCUGGAAAACGAGGUCUUAAACGAGAAGAAAUUUUACGUGAAGCUGAUAUUCUCAGUGAAUUAGCACCACAUCUAAAUAUAAUCACACUACAUGAUGUAUUUGAAAAUAAACAUGAAAUUAUUUUAGUGCUUGAAUUAGUUGGUGGUGGUGAGCUUUUUCAUUAUAUUGCUGAAAAAGAUGCAUUGAAUGAAGAAGAAGCUGCAAAAUUUAUUUUACAAAUUCUUGAAGGUGUACAUCAUAUGCAUGAAAAAAAUAUUGUUCAUCUUGAUUUAAAGCCAGAAAAUGUUAUGCUACUCGAAAAGAAUAAGACACAAAUAAAAAUUAUUGAUUUUGGUAUUUCGAGAAAACUUCAACCGAAUGAGCCAACCAAAGAAACAUUUGGAACACCAGAAUUUGUUGCUCCAGAAGUAAUCGCAUUUGAACCAGUCACAUUAGCAACUGACAUGUGGAGUAUUGGUGUAAUAACAUAUAUUUUAUUAAGUGGUGCUUCACCAUUUCUGGGUAAUACAAAUCAGGAAACUUUUAAUAAUAUUACUCAAGUUGAUUAUCGUUUUGAUGAAGAAUUUUUUGCAAAUACAAGUGAUUUGGCUAAAGAUUUUAUUCAACAACUUUUUGUGAAAAAUCCUCGUCAACGAGCAACAGUUGUUGAUUGUCUCAAUCAUCCAUGGAUCAAACCACGUCGUCGUAAAGAUGAAGAAGAACGUCGUAAUGCUCAAAUCAAUAUGCCAUCAUUCAAAUCGUUUAUAGCUCGUCGUCGUUGGAAGGUACAGAUGCAUUGUGAAUCACGUACGCUUCGUACAGUCACAACAAAAAAAUUUGAUAAGGAUGGAAAUGUUAAGUCAGCUAAACAUAGUGAACGUAAGGGUAAAACAGCUAUCUAUGAAGGACAAUAUUCUGAAACUGAUGAAUCUGAUAAUGAUAUUGAACAAAUUCAAAAACAAGAAAUAAUGAAUCCGAGUAAACGUAUACAUUGUUGUCCAACAAAUAUUGAAAUGAGACAAAUAAAAUCCAGUGAAUUUGCUGAGUCAUUUCAAGAAAAUGAAGAGGGUGAAGAUGAUGAUGAUAAUGAUGAUGAUGAUGAUGAUGAAAAAUAUCGUCGUCGUCAUCCUCGAACAGAUGCAAGUGUAUCAUUAAUAAAAAAUCCUUUGCCUAAUGAACAAGUUGUAUCUGAUCAACAUUCACGUUCACAAACAAGUGAUACUAAAGUUACAGAAUCAAUUGAUGAAAUAACUGGACAAAAUGUUCGUACGACAGUACAAAAUAAAGUUCAUACAGAUGAAAAUUUAAAAAUAUCAAAAUCGGAUAAUAUUCAAUAUGAAGAAACUGAAGAAGGAACAUUAAAAAAAGUUACAACAAAAACACGGAAAAUGAAAAAAAUCGUCAAAACAACAACCUCUUCUAAACAGAAGGGUAUUUAG